ACAUGGCGGCGCCCUUGUGCAAGUGCUGAGAACGUGUCUCCGUGCAGCGAAAACUGCGAUUUUCGAAUUUAGUUAGUCAUUCCCGCAGCGAGGACUCGCUCGCGGCUAUUCGCUGGAGCAGCAGACAAGGGUUUGUGACCCGGUGGUGGGCUGUAGGAGCCACGCGGGCGCGGUGUAUCUCGCCCGGGAGUGUGUUCAUGUAGAAUUUUUUUUGGCCUCGUUUCCAGAGCAGAGACACGCCACGGCUUUCCCGGCGAACCGGGACAGAUUUCGGACGGACAGUGCCGGCGUUUGUCCCGAACCGUGGAUUGGUCCCGUGUAGCUGGUGGUCGCGUGCUCCCGGAGCGGUCGCCUCUUCUUUCUGUAGAACAGGGAGGGACGCGGGAGACGUCGUCGGAGCCCGCGCCGCGGGGAGGAUCGAGCCGCGCCAAGGGCCCUGAUGAAAAUGGAUUCGGAGUUGCUUCACUCGCCUGUGGUGGGACUGGCGGAGGAGGAUGAGGCAGACAUGAGUGACUGGAACCUGCCAUUGGCCUUCAUGAAAAAACGCCACUCGGAGAAGAUUGAGGGCUCCAAAGCACUGGCACAGAGCUGGAGAAUGAAGGACAGGAUGAAGACUGUGAGCGUGGCCCUGGUGCUGUGCCUCAACGUGGGAGUGGACCCCCCUGAUGUGGUCAAGACCUCCCCCUGUGCCCGGCUGGAGUGCUGGAUUGACCCUCUGUCCAUGAGCCCGCAGAAGGCCCUAGAGACCAUCGGUGCCAACCUGCAAAAGCAGUAUGAAAACUGGCAGCCAAGGGCUCGCUACAAGCAGAGCCUGGACCCCACUGUGGAUGAGGUGAAGAAGCUGUGCACCUCCCUGCGCCGCAAUGCGAAGGAGGAACGCGUCCUCUUCCACUACAAUGGCCAUGGUGUACCCCGGCCCACUGUCAAUGGCGAGAUCUGGGUCUUCAACAAAAAUUACACCCAGUACAUCCCCCUCUCCAUCUAUGACCUGCAGACCUGGAUGGGCAGCCCUUCCAUCUUUGUGUACGACUGCUCCAACGCUGGUAUCAUUGUUAAGUCCUUCAAGCAGUUUGCCAUGCAGCGGGAGCAGGAAUUGGAGGUAGCUGCCAUCAACCCCAACCAUCCACUGGCACAAAUGCCCCUGCCCCCCUCCAUGAAGAACUGCAUCCAGCUGGCUGCCUGCGAAGCAAGCGAACUGCUCCCCAUGAACCCUGACCUUCCAGCUGACCUCUUCACUUCCUGUUUGACCACACCCAUCAGGGUGGCCUUACGCUGGUUUUGUAUGCAGAAGAGUGCCAAGUUGGUGCCAGGGGUGACAUUGGACCUGAUUGAGAAAAUCCCUGGACGGCUCAAUGACAGGCGCACCCCUUUAGGAGAGCUGAACUGGAUCUUCACAGCCAUCACAGACACCAUUGCAUGGAAUGUGCUGCCCAGAGACCUUUUCCAGAAACUCUUCCGUCAAGACCUGCUGGUCGCCAGCUUGUUUCGCAACUUCUUACUGGCUGAGAGGAUAAUGAGGUCAUACAACUGUACCCCAGUCAGCAGCCCACGCUUGCCUCCCACCUACAUGCAUGCUAUGUGGCAGGCAUGGGACCUUGCAGUGGACAUCUGCCUCUCCCAGCUUCCUACUAUAAUUGAAGAAGGCACGGCCUUCAGGCACAGCCCCUUCUUUGCGGAGCAGCUGACGGCAUUUCAGGUGUGGCUGACCAUGGGCGUAGAGAACAGAAACCCACCCGAGCAGCUCCCCAUCGUCCUGCAGGUCCUCCUCAGUCAAGUGCACCGACUCCGAGCUCUGGACCUGCUUGGCCGGUUUCUGGACCUUGGGCCCUGGGCAGUCAGCCUGGCGCUGUCGGUAGGCAUAUUCCCCUACGUGCUGAAACUGCUGCAGAGCUCUGCCCGGGAAUUGCGACCCCUCCUGGUAUUCAUUUGGGCAAAGAUUCUGGCAGUGGACAGUUCUUGUCAGGCUGACCUGGUAAAGGACAAUGGACACAAGUACUUCCUGUCUGUGUUGGCUGACCCCUACAUGCCUGCAGAGCAUCGGACCAUGGCAGUCUUCAUUUUGGCUGUGAUUGUGAACAGUUACACCACAGGACAGGAGGCCUGCCUGCAGGGCAACCUCAUUGCCAUUUGCCUGGAGCAGCUGAGCGACCCUCAUCCCUUGUUGCGCCAGUGGGUUGCCAUCUGCCUUGGCCGGAUCUGGCAGAACUUUGACUCAGCGCGAUGGUGCGGGGUGCGCGACAGCGCACACGAGAAGCUCUACAGCCUUUUGUCUGACCCCAUCCCAGAGGUGCGCUGUGCUGCUGUUUUUGCCUUGGGCACCUUUGUGGGUAACUCAGCUGAGCGUACGGACCACUCAACCACCAUCGACCACAAUGUGGCAAUGAUGCUGGCACAGCUCAUCAACGAUGGGAGUCCCAUGGUACGCAAGGAGCUCGUGGUAGCGCUCAGCCACCUGGUGGUACAAUACGAGAGCAACUUCUGCACAGUGGCUCUGCAGUUCAUGGAAGAAGAAAAGAACUACGCUGUGCCGUCGCCUGCCAGCAAUGCAGGUGCCAGCUUUGCUGCCCUUCGGUGGUCACGAGAACCUGGGAACCAGACUCAGAUGAGGGAGAGCCCGGCCCGAAUGCGUUCUGUCAGCUCCUACACCAACAUCCGUGCCGCUACGACGACCCGUAACCUCAACAAGAGCCUACAGAACCUGAACCUCAGCGAGGAGGGUGGCUCUGUGGCCUUCUCCCCUGGGAAUCUCAGCACCAGCAGCAGCGCCAGCAGCACCUUGGGCAGCCCAGACAACGACGAGUAUAUCCUGUCUUUCGAGACCAUCGACAAGAUGAGGAGGGUCAGCUCCUAUUCCUCACUCAAUUCACUCAUUGGUGUGUCCUUCAACAGUGUGUACACGCAGAUUUGGAGGGUCCUACUACACUUGGCCGCCGAUCCCUUCCCCGAGGUGUCCGACUUGGCCAUGAAGGUCCUCAACAGCGUAGCAUACAAGGCCACUGUGAAUGCUCGACCCCAGAAGAUCUCUGGAUCCCUCACCCAGUCUGCUCCUGCUAGCCCCACCAGCAAAGGCACCCACAUCCAUCAGGCAGGUGGUUCUCCUCCGAUGCCCAGCGCCAGCAGCUCCAGUCUGACCAAUGAGGUACCCAAGCCUCCUGCCCGUGAGCUGCCCCCAGCCCGGCCCCCGUACACGCCUCCAUUUGGUGGCCAAGCACCCCACUCGCACCAGUUCCAGCGCACCCGGAAGAUGUUUGACAAGGGUCCUGAUCAGACGCCGGACGACGGUGACGAGCCGGGUGGACACAGGAGCUUCAUCAGCGCAACCAUGCAGACAGGCCUUUGCGAUUGGAGUGCGAAGUAUUUUGCACAGCCAGUCAUGAAGAUCCCAGAGGAGCAUGAUGUGGAGAGCCAAGUGCGGAAGGAGAGAGAGUGGAGGUUCCUGAGGAACGCCCGUGUCCGGAGGCAGAGCCUGCGCAUCACACAAAAGGGUGUAACCCGUCUGGACGACCAGCUCUUCAUCAACAGGAACCCAGGUGUUCCCUCAGUGGUCAAGUUUCAUCCUUUCAAUCCCUGCAUUGCCGUAGCAGACAAGGACAGCAUCUGUUUCUGGGACUGGGAGAAAGGGGAGAGGCUUGACUACUUCUACAACGGCAACCCUCGCUACACCCGAAUCACAGCCAUGGAGUACCUGAACGGGCAUGACUGCUCACUGCUUCUUACCGCCACAGAUGAUGGCGCACUCCGGAUCUGGAAGAACUUUGCCGAUCAGAAGAACCCGGAAAUGGUGACAGCCUGGCAAGGGCUCUCUGACAUGCUUCCCAGUACCAGAGGUCUGGCCAGAAGGGUUUCAAUCUAUCUUGACAGGAGUAAACAGGGAGGUGCUGGUAUGGUGGUGGACUGGGAGCAGGAGACGGGUCUGCUCAUGACCUCGGGAGACGUGCGGGUCAUUCGCAUCUGGGACACGGAUCGAGAGAUGAAAGUCCAGGAUAUCCCCACCGGGGCAGACAGCUGUGUGACCAGCCUGUCGUGUGACCCAAACCGCUCCCUCAUCGUCGCCGGCCUUGGGGACGGCUCAGUGCGCGUCUAUGACCGCAGGAUGGGCCCCAACGAAUGUCGCGUGAUGACUUACCGCGAGCAUGGUGCCUGGGUGGUCAAGGCUCAUCUUCAGAAGGAGACCGAGGGCCACAUCAUCAGCGUCAGCGUAAAUGGGGACGUGCGCUUCUUUGAGCCGAGGGUGCCGGACUCCGUGAACGUGCUGCAGACUGUGAAGGGGCUGACGGCCUUGGACAUCCAUCCGCAGGCCAACCUCUUUGCCUGUGGCUCAAUGAACCAGUUCAUCGCUGUUUACAGCUCCAGUGGAGACAUCAUCAGUAACAUCAAGUAUUAUGAGGGCUUCAUGGGCCAAAGGAUCGGGGCAAUAAGCUGUCUAGCCUUUCAUCCCUACUGGCCUCAUCUGGCCGUCGGAAGCAAUGACUACUACAUGUCCAUCUACUCAGCUGAGAAGAGGCUGAGAUAACGCCCAUGCACCCCCCCACCCCCUCUCCCUACCACAGAGCAAGGAUGUAAAUGACUUCUAAUGUACAUAUGCAAUUAUCACCUUGAAUGUCUAGUGAUGGCUGCUGAUACUCAUGUUAUUAUUAUUAUUGUUAUUAAUGUUAUUGUAAUUAUGGGCUAUUUGAUUGUAGACUUGGCUGUGCUAAGCAGUGUUUAUAUUUAAUUGCGUAUAGAGAUCAUAGAGAUAUUAAAUUGGGGCCUGUUGGCUGUGUAACCUGUGGGUUUCACUGCCUUUGUGGACUAUGCCUGUGCGGCUCCUGGCAGAAGAGGGUGCGAGAAGGACGCGUGGCCCUGCCCUUUGGUUGCAGUCCUCGCGCACCUUUCCCUCGACCAUUUGGGAUCCGUGGCCUGGAAACACGAGGGCACGCUGAGUGACGCUGAGUGUUAACAGCCUGGGACCCUGGAGCUAAGUCUGAUGCAGCGAUUCACCAGGCCUCAAAGAAACCUGCAAUUGGCUGCCUGCCUUGACUACGGAGCAGCCGGCCCCAUCUCUUCUCUGCGUCCUCUGGCCAUGCCAAGCUUGCUGACGCUCCCCCCGGUCUUCAAACCCCCGAUCUACCAGGUCGUCAGCAAGGAUAAACACGCUGCAGCAGUCCCUGCGGCAGCACGCCAGUGCCGCACCUGAGUAUCCUAUCCGAGGCCUCCGCACGCAUCUGCCUCUACAAAGCAGUGCAGUAUUGGCAGGACAUCCCUCUUCGUCAUGUCAUCACCCUUUAGCGCCGACUCUCAUCGCCGUGGUGUCCUGCCGCUUCCGUUCCAGGCUGAGUUAGGAAGCAGGCAGCACUGCUCCACGUACGUCCCCCCCCCCCGCACUUGGUGAACAGCUGGCGCCCUCUGCAGUUUGCACCCGUCGCCUCCACCCUCCUCCUCUGCCUUCGGAGCAGGAUGAUAAACUGUAGACUGCAAACCAGAGUCGGCAUCGGCUGAGCACAGAAACCGAGGCUCCACCCUGUGCCUCUCAGAGCCUCUUAAAGCCACCUUCCCCAGCUGCCCUUCCGGCUUCCACCCCUCUCCCCGGAGGGACAGAACAAGGGGCUCCUCAAUUAGACAUCACACACACGUUAAUUUAUUUUUUUUAUUUUGUUUAUUUUUAAAUUCUGGGUUUUAUUGCAAAGAUUAGUCUGGUAGAUGUGUAGCGAGGUUGAUGCAAUUGGUGGGUUUUUAGAAGUGCAUCAGAGUUUAACAAUGCAAUCCUGUGAGUUUAUAAACAAAGUGUUAGUGCUUUGACUCUUGUGGACUUGGUAUAAGCUUACAUGAAACACACAGCAGUCACAGAGCAGCAUUACACACACACACACACGCACGCACACACGCAGACACACACACACACACAUGCCCAGUUCGUGGCUCUCUGUGGUGCUGAAUGACCAUUUGUUACUGGGUUUUUUUUGGCUGUCUAAUUGCUGUGAGCACGCCAGGCCCCUCAGAGGGUGAGGUUUUAUUAACUGGCUGCUGAGAAUUACAGCUCCCUUCAAUGUUCACUUUCAUGAAGGACUGAACUUAAACAAUAAAUAAAUAAAUAAUCUUUUCCUUCCUAAAGGUACGAGUGCUUAAUGAAACUACAGAAAGGUUUUUCACCUUCUGAGCAUUAUUUAUGAGAGGACUCGACCCCUCCGGGCGAUUGUUGCGAUCGGCGAAGGAGUCGUCAUCGUCGUCGUCGUGUCCGCCUCCCUAGAGCAGGAGGCCCUGUACCUGUCCCGUUGGCCGCUUCCGUCCGUGUCUGGUGCCUCCUCCUUACUAACGCCGCAUUCUCUCUUUUGCGCUUGUGGCUUUGUUUUAACCCUUUUUCCUGUUUUCUCGCCUUGUGUUUUUAAUUCGACUUCCACUGACAUCCUCCGUCUUUCAGAUGAGGUGUUGACCGUGGAGCACUUUUCUCCUCCUCACUCAGCCCUGAAAGUAGGGAGCUCCUGGCCUCAUCUGCUCGCGCGCUGGACGGUAGCGCUGACCUUCGGACCGGCCGGGGAAGGACCCCGAUCAGUCCUCGUGUUAAUGGACUGCAGUCACGAGGGCCCGCUCCGCGCUCCGCGCUCUGGCUCCCGCCCAGGGACGGGAGGAAUUACUGCAGCGUCACCCUUUCGCCACGCUGCUCACAACAAUCGCCUCUCUCUCCGUCUCGCUCCGCAUUUUAACGUUUUAGACGAGAACGUUCAAAUGAAUCGGGUGUUGUCCGUGGCUGUAGAUUGCUGUGUAAGACAGGAGCAUAAAUCAUUGAAAUAAACGAAAUCCGCA